GGCUGCCGGUUUAUCUGAGGAGUCGACGUCAGAUUUGUUUUUAAUUCUCAUUGGAGUCUUUUGGCACUUUUUGUAUGGCAUAUGUCACAACAGGAGGGUUUAGAUAUUUUAAAAGCAACUUUUCAUUACCUGAGACUUGACGUCGGCUGCAGCUGGUCCGCAGUUUGUGUCAGUUUGUGGAUGAUCGCUCCGGCUUUGCGUACGUGCGAGGACAGGCUGAUGUUUGCCUCGUGGGCAUAUUCAUGACUGCGCUCCGUUUCUGUGGAUGAAGCUCAUCGAUCAUCUGAGCUCCAUCUGUCGCCAUGGUCGCUGCUGAUCUGGCCCCUAGCGCCGCUGUCAAGGUGUUUUCAGCCGGAGCGGCUGCGUGUGUGGCAGAGCUGGCCACCUUCCCCCUGGACACGGCCAAAGUCAGGCUUCAGAUUCAAGGUGAAUCCAGGACCUCGUUGGAAGGCCAGAGAGCAAAAUACAGAGGUGUGGUUGGCACCAUCUUCACCAUGGUGAAGACCGAGGGUCCCGGGAGCGUGUACAAUGGCCUGGUUGCCGGGCUGCACAGGCAAAUGACCUUUGCCUCAGUCCGCAUCGGGCUGUAUGACACCUUGAAGCAGUUCUACAGCGGCGGAUCAGAAACUGUUGGCCUGGCGUCCCGGCUCCUGGCUGGCUGCACCACGGGGGCGAUGGCGGUGGCCUUCGCUCAGCCCACUGAUGUGGUGAAGGUCCGGUUCCAGGCCCAGGUUCACCUGCCUGAGAGCACGUCUGUCGCCAGAUACAGCAGCACGAUUGAUGCCUACAAGACCAUUGCCAGGGACGAGGGUUUUAAAGGGCUCUGGAAAGGAUGUCUGCCGAACAUUACACGCAACGCCAUCGUAAACUGUUCCGAGCUGGUGACGUAUGACAUCAUCAAAGAGCUCCUCCUGCAAAGCAAGCUUAUGACUGAUACGAUGCCUUGUCACUUCACUGCUGGCUUUGCAGCAGGUUUCUGCACCACGAUUGUAGCGUCUCCAGUGGAUGUGGUUAAAACGCGCUUCAUGAACUCGGUGCCUGGCCAGUACAGCAGUGCUACCAAGUGUGCAGUAACCAUGCUGAUGAGAGAGGGACCCACCGCUUUCUAUAAGGGGUUCAUGCCAUCGUUCCUUCGUCUGGGGUCCUGGAACAUCGUGAUGUUUGUGAGCUACGAGCAGAUUAAGAGAACUGUGAAAGAAUUUCAGCACCAGUUUCCUACCUGACUACUGGUUUGGUCAGGACUGCUGGACCACACUCCCUCAGGGACAAACGCACAGGCUCAGUCACAGAAGCUAAUAUUCACUUCUUAGCUUUCAGGAACUGAGAAUAUAAUUACACAGUAUGAAUAUUCUCAAAUAUUACAAAUAGGUAAUUUUUCAGAACAUUGUAGCAUUAAACCUGACAUUUGUAGGAAUGCAUAGCUUCCUCAUGGUGUUUUUGAAGUGAUCAACUGAUUUUCUAUGAAGAUUGAAUCUGGUGUAAACAGGUGAAACAAAGGCAAUAAAGAAUUAUAUAUUA